GAGAGGUGAGAGAGGGAGGGGAGGGGGGAAUGCGGUGGGAGGAAGAGGGUGUGUGUUUGAACGGCAGCUCGUGGGAAGCAUACCUCACGCGCACCGCCUAUGCUCGCCCCGGGAACACGGGGGCGUCUUCGUGCGUCUUUGUCACGGAUGAGGAGAGGGCUUCAUUUGAGCGACAACACGGUACCAUAAAAGAUAACAACAAGAACGUCAGUGCCCACCGCCCCAUCUACUGCCCCAAGAUCCUCGAUUUCUCCACAGUCGUGGUAUCGAAUGGCUCAUGGCACAUUGAUCUAAUGAAGCGCUUUUCCACGGAGAUUCCACUUGCUGUGGCGGGAAAAUCGCUCUACACCUGGCCGUAUCCCAUGAGUACUCCUACCGACCAUGCGGGAUUCGGCUUGGGUUUUCCUCUUCGGCGCACUGUCUCUCCGACCAAUGCAAGCACAGCAGCUGUAUCGACAGUGUAUGGCACGCUUGCUACAACUGUUGACGUGACUUCCAUCGCACAGAAGGUUCUAGAGGAGCUGUAUGCACCUGGUGAGUUAAGAGUGUAUGCACCUGGUGAGUUAAGAGUGUAUGCACCUGGUGAGUUAAGGGCUGCAUGCACCUGGGGGUUAGGGUUUAGGCCUUUGGAUCCUCCUCUUGAGUCGACUCAAAACAAGGUGACUUUUGAGUCGACUCAAAACAAGGUGACUUUUGAGUCGACUCAAAACAAGGUGACUUUUGAGUCGACUCAAAACAAGGUGACUUUUGAGUCGACUCAAAACAAGGUGACUUUUGAGUCGACUCAAAACAAGGUGACUUUUGAGUCGACUCAAAACAAGGUGACUUUUGAGUCGACUCAAAACAAGGUGACUUUUGAGUCGACUCAAAACAAGGUGACUUUUGAGUCGACUCAAAACAAGGUGACUUUUGAGUCGACUCAAAACAAGGUGACUUUUGAGUCGGCUCAAAACAAGGUGACUUUUGAGUCGACUCAAAACAAGGUGACUUUUGAGUCGACUCAAAACAAGGUGACUUUUGAGUCGACUCAAAACAAGGUGACUUUUGAGUCGACUCAAAACAAGGUGACUUUUGAGUCGACUCAAAACAAGGUGACUUUUGAGUCGACUCAAAACAAGGUGACUUUUGAGUCGACUCAAAACAAGCGGGACAUCCGCGACAUGGUGGAUGACUCUGCACGCGCUCGACUGGACUACCUAUGGGCCGCUGCAGUGGCUGAUAACGAUUGGGCGUUCCACACGUCCAAGUCGCCAGCCGUGCAGAACUUCGUGGAUGCGGCUGUUGCCUUCGGGAAACAAUACACCCUCCCAUCCCCCUUCAGGGUUUCUGGUGUUUUGCUUCAAAAACUGGUAGCGGAUACCGAGGACCUUGUAAGGCCCCUGAAGGAGAGUUGGAACACUAGCGGCUGCACCAUCUCCGUGGACGGCUGGACCUGCAUGAAGAGCCGUGGGCUCGUGUGUGUCAUAGCCCACAAUGACACGGCGCCUGUCAUCGUGAAGACCGUGGACUCCAAGACCGCGAAGACGACGGGGGAGUACUUGGCCGGCCUCAUCCGGACCUCAAUCGCCGAGGUUGGAGACAAGAAGGUGGUGCAGGUGGUCAUGGACAAUGCGUCCAACAACCGUAGGGCGGCCGACAUCCUCCGGGACGGUUUUCCUGCAGUGUUUUUCAACAACUGUGCGGCGCACGUCCUGGACCUGAUGCUCCACGACAUCGGGAGGGUCCGUGCUGUGCGGCGAGUGCUCAACCAGGUGCACAGGGUGGUUAUGAUCGUCAAGGGAAGCGCGUCUGCCGUCACGCUCUUCCACGAGUUGUUUAGCACUUUGUCCUUGGUGCGGCCCGGUGCAACACGCUUCGGCACGCAAGUUAUCAUGCUUGCCCGCUUCCUGGAAGUAAAGAAAGCGCUCAAGGAGAUGAUCAUCAGUGAGGAGUGGGAGUCGGUGGCGGUGGCGCGGUCUGAGGAGGGGCGAGCUGUCCGCCAGCUCCUCUUGGAUGAGGUCUUUUGGGAGUGCGCGACAGCGGUCCUCCGCCUCAUGACACCCGUGUAUGAAGUGCUGCGGGUGGUUGACACCCGUGCUCUAGUCAUGGGCCAGAUCUAUGGCCUCAUGCUAGAUGCCACGGUGAAGACAAACAAUGCGGCAGAGGCGGCAGCCAAAAUGAUGCUGAAACGCACCGCUCUCUUGCCGGCCAAAGACAAGCCGGCCUUUCUGGCCGCCAUCAAGGCUAUCAUAGCAAGGAGGUGGGACUCCCAGCUCCACAAUCCACUCCAUGCUAUGGGGUGGCUUCUGAACCCGCGCAAUCAGUACGGCAAAGAGGUGAAGAACGAUCCCGAGGUAAGGCUUGGGGCGGAAGCGGUGAUCCAGGCCCGUGGGGGAGACGUCGCACAACGCGCGCUGCUGUUGGCGCAGUUGACGCAGUUUCAUAAAGGAGAGGGGCUGAUAGGGUCCGAUGAUGCCCGUUGGGCAGCAACGGUGUUGGUGGCGAGUGGGCGCUUGACGGAGGCAGAGUGGUGGCUGAUGUAUGGGGGGGAAUUGCGAGCGCUCAUGGGGAUGGCUGUGACGGUGCUGUCACAGCCAGUCACGUCUUCUGAGGUCGAACGCUACUGGUCCGCCAUUGCACGGGUGCAGAGGCGGGACCGUAACCGCCUCAGUGCCAACAAGAUGAUGGAUGUGACUGAGGUGGCGUUCGCCAGGAGGGCCAGGGAUGCUUUCGAUAGGAAAUCACGGCAGAGGGAGAAGCUUUAUGCCGAUCUGGCCAACGGCACCCUCCAGCAAGGGAGUGCCGUGGAACCGGCAGCAGCAGAGGAAGAGGAAGUGGGGGACGACGAGGAGGAGGGAGAGGGGAAUGAGCAGCUAUGCACCAUUGAUUGGGACCUAUUCGGGAACAUUGGGAAGCGGAAGAAGAAGGGGCCAAAGACCGCUAAAAGGAAGAGAAACGGGAAGGCCAAGAAGCCUACCAAGGGAAAGAGGAAGGCAACAUCCGUGCGAGAGGAAGAGGGUGAGGAGGAGGAGGCGGCGGAUAGCAGUGGAGGGGAGGAGGAGGACGUGCCCACCAAGGCUCGAAAUGGCGCGGAUCCUUGGGACAUUAGUGACGGGUCUAGUGGGGAGGAAGAGGAGGAGGCGGAUGAGGAUGAGGAGGAGGAGGAGGAGGAGGAGGAGGAGGAUGAGUAG